ACGGGGGAAUAGAGAAAGAAGGGUCGAGGAGAGAGAGAGAGAGGGGAAGAGCGACGACGGUGGAUUGCAGCCCGUCGAAAGGGUCGAGCUACGCGAGAAAUCUCCAUUUUCGAACACCAGGCAAGAGAUUUUAGCUCCACUUCGCACGAAUUUGGGAUUUUUGUUUGAAAAGUUAAUAUCCGGAUCUAUUUAGGGUUUUUGCUUCACCGGCGACGGUUCGGCCAAAAUCCAACCAUAUUUUGAUUCCCCACAUCUAGGUUCGAGAGAAACGAACUCUCGAAGUCCGCUCUGCGCUGCAGGUGAACAGUGUGUGCCGCCCGACUUCUUGGCUAAGCCACUUUUCGGGGCGGCAACCUGUCAAAUCUUGUAAUUCUAGAAUUCAUUAUUUUCUUGAGAAGCUUGUUGAUCAGGUUGACAAGAUGCCGCCACUUGAAGAUGUAGCCUGGAAAUUCGUGAUUAGAAAGGGCAAGAAAUGGCGAUGUCCUUACUGCGAAAUUGAAUCCUCUGGAGGAGUUACAAGAGUGAAAAGUCACCUUCUUAAACUGCCAAAAGGAGGGAUUUCCAUUUGCAAAAAAGUGCCAGAGCCCAUAAGCUCACUAAUGGAUUGGUUAGACAAUGAGGUUCGUAACAAAGACGAUAUAGCCUGGAAAUUAGUCAAUAGGCUGGCGGACAACAAAUGGCGUUGUCAUUACUGCAGUGAAGAAUUCUCUGGAGACCUUGCAGGAGUGAAAGGUCACUUGCUUAAAGUCCCAAAUGAAGGGAUUUCCGCUUGCACAGAAGUGCCAGACCACGUAAGAGAGCUGAUGCUGUCGUUACUUGACGAGGUGGCUGAAGAAGAGAGCAGAGAGGUGGCUGAAGAACAGGGCAGAGAAGCCAAUGGUCAAUCGUCCACGGAACCACAAUCACGUGACACGCUGAUUCAAGCUGAGGUGGCUGAAGAAGAGAGCAGAGAAGCCAACAGUCAAUUCUCCGCGGAACCACAGUCAUGGGAGGCAGCUCCUUGUUUGUCACCACAAGCCUUCAAACAUAUGAAACACUUACUCGCAACACCAGAGGGGACAACCGACAUGGCAAACCUCACCUCUGACAAACAACAAGGACAGCGUCAAUAUUAUCAGAGUGUAACAAUGCCAUCACUGGUGCAAGAUGGCCAUGGUAUGUUCAUGUGA